GGUAAUAGACAUAAGCGAGUAGAUGAUAAACAAAAUGGCGACGAAGGCUAUUUGGGUCAUGGUUCGAGAAGAAACCGAUGUCAAAGAAGUCAAGAUUUCUUCCGAGCCGGAAUGUUCGACGAGUUAUGUAGAAGACAGGCGGAUCUUGCUACAAUCGCUGUGCUUGCAGCUUGGUAUUGUGUACUCGCCAGAUAAAGUGUACAAGUUUAGAAAUGGCAGAGGUUCGUUGGUCGUUUUGAACCGAAGUAUGACACCGAACACUAUUGCAAGCCCGUUUAUUCUGGAAAUUUGUGAAACACAUAAAACAGCUGAACCAGGGCAAAAACAAGCAUUCGUUGUUGGAAAUAGCAAAACAUGCCAAAGGAAGUUUGAGAGCAUGUCAAAAAGGGUCGAAAGGCUAGAAAAUAUGAUUCCUGAUUUGCCUAUGCUCAGGGAAGAGAAAUUAACCAAUGAAAUGAAAGAUGUCGAGUCAAGACUUUCCUUUUUAAAUGAGAGGAUGAAGGAGGCCGAGUCACAAGAAUGGAAAGGCAUGUUUAAAAAACAUCCGUUGUGGUAAUCGUUGCCAACACAGAAGUCAAGGGAUACACCAUUAGAAAUGUGGC